CGUUAGGUCCCUACACAUGUCGUCUUCCACACCACUACCAGCUAGGUUUUACACAAAACCAGGAUUUUCGAUCCACAGUCCGAUGCCAUAUCCACCCAAUGCUGGUUCCCAUUCGGUCCCGAAUCGGAUCAAUUCCCGGUUUAAACCCGAUUUACUCCAUUCUCAAUCCUGUACGUUCCGAAAUUCACACCCUCUCUCAAACCUCUCAAACCCUAGCCCUACAAAUGGCAACUCAGACCAAUUCCAAGAGACCCAUUUGCCCAUCGUGUUCCAAACCCGCCCGGACCUGUCUCUGCUCUCGGAUCCCGAUUCGGGGUCUUGAGAAUAAGGUGGGUGUUACCAUUCUUCAACACAGUUUAGAAAGAAAGCAUCCUCUUAAUUCCACAAGAAUUGCAACCCUAGGGCUGAAGAACCUCACUGUAGCGUCUGUUUCUGAUGUCAAUUUCGAAGCCCAGUUCGAAAUCCGGUUGCUGGAAUUGGGUUUGGGUCGGAAUGGUUUGGAAAGUUUGGAUUUUGAUCAAGGUUCGGGGUAUAGAGAAACCCUAAAACUAGGUUUUGAGAAUGUUAAUGGAGUCAAUUCAGUAGAGAAAAGGCCUCAGGUUAUUGACACCAGUGUGGGAUGGAGCCUGGAAAUGGAUCAUAAAGGUGUUUUGAACGGUGAAAAUCCCUGGGAAAACAGGGAAUUCAUGCAGAAUUCAAGCUUAUCAUUGUCCAGUGAUGCCUCGGUUGCAGAGACAGACUAUGAAUUUACUGUCAAGGAAUGCAUUGGGGGGAAGAGACGAGCCAAUCUGGAUGUGGGUCUGGAUGAUAAGACUGAAGUUAGCCAUGAGAACAAGCUUUUGAAAUUGGAUUGUAAUCCAAUUGAGACUGUUGCCAGAGAGAAGGAAGACUGUGUCAUCACUGCAACCAUUGGCAAAUAUGGCCUCAUCAGCUCUCUCACCCAUAUUUGGAUGUCCCAAACUCAUUUACAGAAACCCAAUUUUGAUCACAUUUUGGCCUCUCCAGUGGCCCUUGAUGAUCUAGCAAAAGGGUUUGUUGUAAAAAAGUUGCAGAAGAGGCAAGUGACCGAGGGACAAGAAUUUGAAGAGUAUGAAGAGUAUGAAGAGUUUGAAAUUGCUGUUCCUCCAGGAAGUGUACUACUCUUCCCAAGUGAAAAAUCAGUUGCAGUGGAGGAAAUUGAUUUUGAGGUGAAGAACCUGAUAGUGUUGGAUGGGACAUGGGCUAAAGCAAAGAGAAUGUACAAUGAGAACCCCUGGUUGAAGCUCUUGCCACAUUUGAAGUUGGAGGUGGAGAAGAUGAGCUUGUAUAGCGAAGUGAGGCAUCAGCCAAAGGCUGGAUACUUGUCCACCAUUGAGAGCAUCGUGUAUUCGCUCAAGGCAGUGGGCGAUAAUCCUGAGGGGUUAGACGGUCUCUUAGAUGUUUUCGAGUCCAUGGUUGGAGAUCAAAGGCAAUGCAAAGAUGAGAGAUUGAGCAAAGCAUCUCUACUGUAACCCUUGUAUGCCUUUCUGACUUUCAACUGUAUUUUAUCAAUCUGCUUAUGCAUCAAUUCAAAAAUAUGGUGCAGUAGCCCAGGUUCUACCA